AUGGGAGGGAAGAAACAUGUCACAAGCGCUUGUCUGAAUUGUAGACGGCGUAAGAUCAAGUGCGAUGGAAAGGAGACAUGCUCCAACUGCAUCGUGUCGAAACAUACUUGCACCUACAAUGCCGAGGCUGAUUUGCGAAAGGCUUCCGCGAAGAAGGCCGCUUCAAAGCUACGAGCGCAGCUUGCCCUGCUACAAGAGACCCUACGAGAACAUAAUAUCCAACUACCUUCCGAUCCUCCAGCUGCCUCGGGGAAGAGCCCGGUAGCCCACAAUCCGACAUCUCCCGAGUUGGAACAAGAAGUGGACAGUGGCAUGUCAGAAGGCUCGAGCACCUUUGCCGAUAUCGACCAACCUGACCAAAAUGUGGUGGAGGCGCGACCCGAUACUGCAAUGUCCGAAAGGAUCUUGCCCAGUCAUGAGCAAUCGACUAUUCCAACGAGGCUCACACCUGGAUUAGAACUCCCUGAUAUGGACUCGUCCACGAUCUGCGGGUUGCAUCACCACACUUUUGACACUGCUAUUCUCAGCCUCGACAUGGACCAAUCCUUCCACGAGUUUAUGCUACCACCCAUACCUAGAUUCCAAAGCCCGCGCUUUUCAGAGCCUUCGCCCAACUUUGAGAGCGAGAUUGACGACUCGGAGGCCGAGAGCGACAUCACAAAGUUCCUAGCAGCUCGUGUGGGCUCCCUUCGAAUAGCCGAGGACGGACAACUUCGCUACUACGGGCCGACGUCCAAUUUACAUGCCCACCAAAGCGAUUUCCGAUCUCUGUCACAGUCAACAAUUCGUCAUGUUGCCACGGAGGGCUGCGAGGUUCUAAAGCGACUAGGUCUUGACUAUGACGUGCCACCCUCGCUCGAAGAGCAACUCGCUCGACUCUACUUCGCCUGGGAAGAUCCGGCAAUACAUGUUAUCGACGAGGAUACAUUUUUCAUGGAGAAGCGCCAGUGGACCGCCGGACAGAGGGACAGUCCAUACUACUCAGAAACGUUGAACAACGCGAUUUGCGCCAUCGGGGCGAUUCUGAGCGCUGGUGAACAACUUAAUGUGCCAGAACCUGCUCCCGAGUUCUUUUCGGCACGAGCCAAGACCCUUCUUGACAUUGAAAUGGACAGUCCAACCGUGGCCACGGUCCAGGCUCUUGUGGUAAUGAGUGCCUUGGAGGCUUCAUUCACCCGUGAUGCCCGUGGUUGGCUCUACAGUGACAAAAUGCUGACGUAUAUUAGUAUGUGGAGCCUUUACGUUGGUCGGCCUUGGAGCUUCGGCGUUCCAAACAUAACCACGCCGCGUCCAAUGAGCCAUCUAGAUGGGUUGAAGAGUAAGAUGUGGAGGCCGUACCCCAAAGCUGCGGGGCAAUCAAUAAUACCAGAGGAUGGCAUCUUUUUCCCUCUUGAAGCUUGCACCGAUGCGAACAUUACUCUAUGCGAGUUUAUGCGACGGAUCAACUUGAAUCUCUACUCGGGGCAUGUGAUGAGUAUCGACCGCCUUGUACAGUUUCUGAAACUCACCAAAGACGAACUCAUGUCAUGGCACAAAACCAUUCCGACUUCAUUGCAAGUGGACCCGUCGAGAGCAGACAUAAUUUAUGUUCCGGCGGUUUUACAACUCCAUCAGCUGGUUUGCUACAAUGAGAUAUUCAGCUCAACAGAGGAUCAAGCCCACAUUCUCGAGGCUGACAGUGGGUGUAUCUCAGCAGCGCACGGAAUUACCGAGCUCUUGCGCUGUUAUCAGAGACAGCACUCUCUUCGACGGUCGAACAUACAGAUCGUGCACAUCAUCUUUACAGCAUCGUUGGUUUUCAUCUACGAUGUUUGUUCACGAAGCUAUUCCGAGUCACGUACCUCCCUCAGCGAUUUGCAGUUCUGCUGUCACACCCUCGGCGAGAUUGGUCAAUCGUACGGCAAUGCAACGAGAGCGUUGGAGGUUAUCAUCCUGGUGAAAAGCGAAUGGCAGCGGCUGGCUGCGGUAAGAUCCAGCUAUAAACUGGGCAAGAAACGGCCCAGCUUCAGUGGCGGUCAUUACGACUUGAAUGAAAGUGACAAUCGACAGAAGCGGCGGGGGGUAUUCCCAUCGCUGUCCGUUAUGGAUUUACCGGAAACGCCAGGGUUCGUGAUGGAUUCCUCACUGAGACACUUUCAAAUGCUAGGCGAAAAUGCGAUUCAAAGUACCCUCAAUGCAGCCAGUCUAGGAGGAGAGAAUGACGUUAACUCAAGACCACUCCUAAUUCCGUGGCAUACCAAUCCCGCCAUGACGGGAAGCUUUCCCGCUACGCACCCUUGCCCCAUGUCCAAAUUCAAAGAUAGGCCAUUGAAUCCUGUUACAAAGGAAGCUUUAUUACCGUCGUGUGGCUACGCGAGCCUGAGUGAAGUGUCGACGAGUUCUGUCACGAAUGAAAACGCGUACGGCGACCAACAGCAUAUUUUAUGCCAGCUUCCAAAAUGCAUUCCAGACUUGGCACAACCGGAUUUGAGCCAGAACAACACCGCCCAGGAUGUAUCGAGCUUCCUACGCGAACCCGACCUCGAUUUCCGAGACCUUUCUUGGGACAAUGGAUUCCUUGAUGACGUUCACCUGUUACAUGCGCCUGGCCAAGACUUGGGUCCACUGGGGCCAACGCAGACCGAGGACUGCGUGAACCAAGGCUCCAAAACACCCGAGACAUCGAAAUCAACAACAUCUCCUGGAGCCGAAACACUUUUCUCUUCGUUCUCCUUCAUUGCCCACCUGGAUUUAGAAGUGAAGAAUAUCAAGGGCAGUGACCUCAAUUCGCUCGAGUCGCAAGGUUGUCUAUCGGUUCCGAUAAAGCCAAUUCUCGACGAACUACUUCAACACUACUUCUUGCAUAUUCAUCCAAUGCUUCCGCUUCUGGACGAAGGCGAAUUUUGGGAAAGCUACGACGGAGAAUCUGUGGAAAGUAAUUUGGAUGGAAAGCCUCAAUUUUCUUUGCUUCUACUUCGAGCAAUGCUCUUCGCCUCCUGCACUUUCUUAUCCCAAGAGAGUAUCAGCUCGUUGGGCUUCACGAGUAUUCGAGAAGUAAAAAAAUCAUUUUACGGGAAGGCAAAGCUUUUGUAUGAUCUUGGAAUCGAAUCGGACCCCUUGUCUAUAGCCCAAGCUGCUUUGCUUCUGACAUAUUGGUGCCCAGCUUCAAGCCGUGGUCCAAAGAGCCCCAACAGCGUAUGGCUCAGCAUCGCCAUCAAACACGCCCAAGCCAUCGACGCCGAUCAAUACGCAACCAUGGCUCAAGACUUGGGCACCUUGUCACCUCAAGAUGAGCAGAGGCAGAACCAACUGAAGCGCAUUUGGUGGUGCUGUAUCAUUCGUGAUCGCAUCAUGCCUCUUUGUGUGCGAAGGAAUACCCAAAUUACGCAAAGCCACUUCGAUUUCAGGUCCAACCCCGCCCUUGGCUAUGAGGAUCUUUCACGGGAGAUUGGGAGGUCAAGGGUCUACACUGCCGAAACUAAGCGCUCGCUUGUGAUCAUAUUGGCUCGGAUGACUGAGCUGUGUGUCUGUCUCACGGAUAUACUGGAUCUGGUGUACCCUAUCAGGGAUCUGCCCCUUUCUGAUGACAAUUUAUCAUUGCAGAAGCUGGCGAGAACUCAAGAGCAGAAGGCCAACCUGAAAAAAUGGUUCACUGCAACCAUGAAAACGCUGGACAGCUUCACAGACGUCGAUUCUGCGUCUCAUCCUGAGACGAGUUCUCACAAAGAUGCAGUUGUUCUCCAUACAAAUCUUGUCUGGAUGUAUUAUCAUUCUGCCAGAAUAGCACUAUGCAACUACGAAUUUCACUUUGCCGUUCUAUCCAACACCACCAAGCUUCAUAGCCCUUGGGAACACAUCAUGUCUGUUGAAAGGACACGCGAUGAACUACUAGACGCAUCAAAGAGCAUCACUAGUUGCCUCAAACAACUUCUCACUCGCCGCCUAGCUUGUUGGCUACCCAGCAGUGCUGUUGGCUGCACAGCGCUUCCGCUAGCGUUGUACAUGCUUGAUGUUAAGUUGAGCUCCACCUCCGCAAAAUCUGGGCAUACUUUCCGAGUAGCAGAAAGCCAGAGCAGAUUGAAUCUCCUUAUCCAAGCCAUGAAGGAGUACCAUCCGAGAUAUGAAGGUGCGGACUGGGUUUCCAAGACGAUCAGAUAUUUUAUGGAAUGCACCUAUCUUGAUCAAUCACACACCACGUGCUCACUUUCUAUCAUCGAUACGACGUGUAGUCUCACUGUCCCCGCGGAUACACUUGUCGAGCCGGUCAUACGCGGGCAUGAGCUUAUGAAUUUCCCGACUUUCGCCUUUUUAAUUACGCAUUCGGUUCUUGGCAAGCAGAUCCUCUUCGACCUGGGAUGUCGAAAGGACUUUUGGAACCUACCCCCACCAAUAUCCGAGGUCAUUGACGCAAAAGUCCCGGGAAUCAGAGUAGACAAAAAUCUGGUCGACAUAUUGACAGAUGGUGGAAUAGACGUGGACAACAUUGACGCUGCCAUCAUAAGCCACCACCACUAUGACCACAUCGGAGAUCCGAGCACCUUCCCACGAACUAUGGCGCUUCUAGUCGGCCCUGGUUUCUCGGAUGAGUUUUUGCCUGGUUAUCCAACUACAAAAUCAUCUCCCCUAUUCGAAAAGUCAUUCCAGGGCCGACGCAUUUCUGAAAUCACCUUCUCGGACGACUUGACUGUCGCUGGAUUUCGAGCACAUGAUUAUUUCUCCGACGGUAGUCUUUACAUCUUAGACUCACCUGGCCACGCAAUCGGCCAUCUAUCGGCUCUGGUGAGGACAACGAAGGACACAUUUGUGUUCCUAGGAGGGGACAUCUGCCAUUUCGGUGGCGCUUUCAGGCCGACCGAAUACGUUCCUAUGCCGCCAGUACUGAGCUCGAGUGAUAUUGGGCAGCAGAGUCACCAUAUCCCAACAUACAUCUGUUCUACCUUCACUGAUUGCCAUCCCGAUCGCGAUAACGCGCGGACAAUGCCUUACUACAAACCAUGUACACGCGCCGACUCGUGGUACGUAGAUCCGCCCCUGGCACUCCAGAGCAUUGAAAAGCUUGCGGAUCUCGACGCAAGUGAUCGAGUUCUCGUCUUGAUUGCGCACGACCCCUCGAUAAUCAACGCCUUGCCGAUCUUCCCGACCGGAGACUUAAAUAACUGGUACACAUCUGGUUGGAAACAAAAGCUCCGCUGGAGGUUUUUGAAUGAGCUUCCCAUUAGAGGAAGACCGGCAAAAUAUCUCGUUGAUGGUACGUAUAUGGAUGGAAUGCUUGUGAAAGACUUGAAUGGAGUCAAGGUAGAGAGAACUCAUGAGAUUUGA